UGAGCCUCUUGCUCCGAGCUCAAAGCCAGCUAGGACUUCCCAAGGACUGGUCUCACAUUGUUUCGAGAUACUCGCGCAGCCGAACUGUCAGAGAGUCAACUCCCAAGAUGAAAUACCUCCUGCUACUCGGAUUUGCCCUGGCUGCCUGUUUCAUGUUGGGUGGUGGUUUGCGGUGCUACCAUUGUUUGAUCUCAACGAAUCGCUGCAAUUCUGGUGCCAGAAACUGUUCUAGUUCGGAUGAGCUUUGCUUUGAACGAGUUGGUAAAGCUGGGUCAGUGUCUGUUUACACCUCAGGCUGCAUAGCGCGUUCUGGAUGUAAUCAAACUUUUCAACAAAGCUUUGGGGCUUUAACAGUGUCCCUGAAAACUCGCUGCUGUGACCGUGACCUCUGCAACAGCGGCAGCCACAUCAAGUCAUCUCUGCUUCUGAGCUCCAUCUUGGCUUGGCUUUGGAUGAUUCGGUUCCUCUGAAGAUGUGUGAGGGUGUGUGUGUGUGUGUGUGUGUGUUUAUUUGUUAAUGUGCAUGUAUGAGUGUGUGAAUGUGUGAGUGUGUAUGUGUGUGUUUAUUUGUUAAUGUGCAUGUAUUUUUGAGUGUAUGUGUGUAUGAAUGUGUUUGUGUGUGAGAGUUUUUGUGUAUGAAUGUGUGUUUGUGUGCGUGUGAAUCUGUGUGAGUGUGUGUGCGGAUGAAUGUGUGUUUAUGUGUGUGUGAAUCUGUGUGUUUGCGUAUGAAUGUGUGUGUGUGUGAGAGACAGAGUGUGUGUGUGAAUCUGAGUGUGUGUUUGUGUGUGCAUGUGUUUGUGUUUGUGCGUGUGUGUGUGUGAGUCUGAGUGUGUGUGUGUCUGCAUGUGUGAAUCUGAGUAUGUGGGUGAGUGUGCGCAUGUGUUUGUGUUUGUGCGUGUGUGUGUGUGUGAAUCUGAGUAUGUGGGUGAGUGUGUGCAUGUGUUUGUGUUUGUGCGUGUGUGUGUGUGUGAAUCUGAGUAUGUGGGUGAGUGUGUGCAUGUGUUUGUGUUUGUGUGUGUGUGUCUGCAUGUGUGAAUUUGAGUAUGUGGGUGAGUGUGUGCAUGUGCACAUGUAUGCAUGUCAGGGGCAGGGGAGGUAGGUGUUGGUGUGGGUGUGGGUGGGGGGAGACUGCAAGUGACUCUGUCUGGCUGGAUUAGUGGGAGGAGGGGGAGGAAAGGGAGGGUUACAUAACCCUUCUGUCAGUUCACAAUGAUUUCUCGAUUGAUGAUAACUUGAUUUAAGAAUUAAAUUCCUUUUUCUCUUGGCUCUAUAGUUCUAUUUCUGACUGGGAAAGGGUCCCAGGCAAAUGCUCAACCCACUUUCCAGCCAGUCAUUUCUGUUUUUACGAAUGAUUGUGUACUUGGUAAUGGUGAGCUGGUGGUUUUUCUGUUUCCCCCUGAGCAGGGCUAGGAUUGUGGAACAACUCUGAGAGAUGACAGGGGAGCUAACAAACACACCUCAGGUACAAAACAUGGGCUUGCCCACUCCCCGCUCCGUGCCAUCUUGUGCGACGGGGUUUUGGAGAGGGGAAGCAGCAGAGGGUGUGUGUGGGGGAGGCUGGGCUGUUAUUUGUUGGCGGGGGUGGGGGGUGGGGUGUGAGGUGGGGGUGUUGAUGGUGGGACCCAUGCAGAAACCAGCUCACAGCUCGCAUCAGAUGCCAACCCUACACCAGGCACAGAUCUCUUCCUCAGGGUCCACCGUGAAGGGGUAACUGCCAAUGAGCAACAUCGCUAGUGUUCCCUGCUAACAUCUCCCCAUCUACCCCCUCCAUGGGGUAACUCACAACAAUGGUGGCGUGCUUGCCUCCUUAAGGGUCUACCCACAGCACAUGGACUGCAGCGGUUCAAGGAAGCAGCUCACCCCCACCUUCUCAAGGGGGGGCAACUAGGGACAGGGGCAGGAAAUGCAGCCCAUCCCCACCUUCUCAAGGGGGCAACUAGGGACAGGGGCAGGAAAUGCAGCCCAUCCCCACCUUCUCAAGGGGGCAACUAGGGACAGGGGCAGGAAAUGCAGCUCACCCCCACCUUCUCAAGGGGGCAACUAGGGACAGGGGCAGUAAAUGCAGCUCACCCCCACCUUCUCAAGGGAUGAAAGCUGGGGAAGGCGUGUGCUGGUGGAGCAGACUGGAAGUGGAGGGGUUGACAGGAGAUAUCGAUGGCAGAGCCAACACUGGCACCUGGUGCCCAGGAGCUGGCUAGGAUGUGAAAGCGUCCAACCCACCCCCACGGUUGAGUCUGGAGGAGGCCAUGAAAGUGCCGAGUUGGUCGAGAAUGUUAAUGUCACGGGAGACUCCUCACCCUGUACUUUCCAUUGUAUCUACAUGAGGCCUGUUUGGGAAGUUUGUACCAAAUUGUAACCUGUUACCAUUCAAUAAACUACCAGUGUGUUGACAAA